AUGCGCUUCACCACGAAAUCCGUCCUGAGCCUCCUGUUGGUGGUCGGCUCCGCCUCGGCCAAGUCUUUCCAUCAUAUGGCCAUUCACAAACGGUCUGGUAGCAGCUUUGUCGGUUGCUUUAGCAGCGCGGGGAGUCUCGGCGGUUCGACAAAAUUCACGUACCAAAGUACUGGAUGGUGCUCGGAUCACUGCACUAGCAAGAGCGCCUCAUAUUUUGGCACGACUAAUGGAAAUGAAUGCUUGUGUGGUAGCUCCGCGCCUGACUCUUCAGACAAAGUCGACACCAGCAAGUGCGAUACCCAGUGUGCAGGUUACCCGCAGAACAAGUGCGGCGGUGACGGCUUUUAUUCCGUAUACAGCUUUGAUAACGGCGAUGAUGAUAGCUCAUCAACUUCGGCCACCACUACUACUGGCGACUCUUCCCCAACUAGGACUGAUGCCGCAAUGGAGUCAGUCUCGACGAACGCUGGAGGCCAUACCGUUAUUAUAACUACAACCCCCACAAGCGCCGGAACGAGCGAUGACAGUGGCUCCAAGGGUGGUGGCACAAACACGGCUGCGAUCGCUGCUGGUGUAGUCGUUGGUGUAGUCGGUGUCGCAGCUCUGGCUGGUGGUGGAUUUUUCUUCUACCGCUCUCGCAAGCAAAAGGCUGAGGGUGCUGGUGCCGGCUUCUCCGGUAAUACUCACCAGCAGAUGUCGGACUCGCGAUUCGACGGAUCUUAUAUGGCCGAGCGCCGCCAAAGCAAUGGCAGCAUCGACGACGACCAUGAUUUCUCGCGCCGGAUUUUGCAGGUCACCAACCCUGAUCAUCGCUAA